AUGAAGCAGGAUAUUUUUCAGGUAUAUCAUAAUAUUAUAGUAGGUGAUGGUUUAUAUUAUUUGAUUUAGACAAUCGGAUCGGAUAAAGGAUAUUACAACAAUAUGAGCGAUAACAGUGUUCCCAGAUAUCAUUGGCUAUUGACGAACGAAGAAAUCAAGAUGCAAGGUUGGUUUGUUGUUGUUUAUGUUAUGUUUGUAUUUUAGAAGAAGAUCUGGCUUUGCAAACCAAUGACAACAAGAUAUACGGGAAGGCUUUUGUAACGAACUACCGGCUUAGAUUCGAAGGGACUGAUGGGACGACGGUGGAUGUUACCUUGGGGAGCAUUUCAAAGGUAGAGAAGAAGGGAUACUCCAAUGUUAACAAAGAACAUUACGGUAUCGAGGUGCACUGUAAGGUAAGAAAAGUGUUUUGAUACGAAGAACUAUUUUGUUUCUUUUUUGUUUGGGACUUAUAUUCUUUUUUUAGGACACAAGAAACAUAAUAUUUUUGCAUAAACCCGAGAACCACUCUCGUCGACCUUUAUACGAUCAUCUACAACGAUAUGCCUUUCCCAACACCAACAAGAUGGUAUGUUUAUUCUUUAUUAUUAAUAAACUUUUUAAUGUUUUAGCCUUUCUUUGCCACUUUGUACAACCAAACUUUUGCAUUUGACGGUUGGUCCCUCUACAAGCCUAAGCAAGAGUACCAAAGGAUGAAGGUACGGUCAGACUUGUGGGACGUGACAAAAAUUAACUUUAACUAUGAGUUUGCUUCAACAUAUCCCGCCUACGUAAGUUGGCUGUUUUUACGUAAUUUCAGGUAAGAAUACUAUUAUUUUAGGUAACGGUAUCUUCAAUUUUAAAUUUUUUCAUAUCAAAACAACAUAUAUAGUUAUAGUAUUGUCAAUUCUAAGUUCAAUCUAUAUAUUAUUAUAAAUUAUAGUCCUUAAAUGGUUUGUAAUUAUUAUAUUAUAGUUAAUGGUACCAGUGGGCGCACUCAAGCUUGGUGACACUUUUUUGUUUUCUGUAGGAGACUUCAGAAGUAAACGGAGGAUUCCUGUAAGUACAGGUCUACCAUAUGUAACGAUUUUGUAGGUUUUGUCAUGGUAUGAUACGAGUUCCACGGUCAGCAUUUCACGAUGUUCCCAACCGAUGGUGGGAAUGACUUCAAAGAAGUCUCCCAGUGACGAAAAGUACGUACCCAACUCAUUAAUAUUUUUUGCUAACGGUUGUACAUAGCCAGAAAGAAUUGAAUUGCAAAAACGUUCCAGUUUUCACAUUAUAGAACAGUAGUAUAUUUUCAGAAUGUUGCAAUUAAUCAUCGACACGAAUCGACAGAACUCACGACUGAAAAUUCUGGAUGCUCGACCAAUUGUGAAUGCCAAAGUCAAUAGGGCAAAGGGCGGUGGCUACGAAGACAACUACCGCAACUGCGAUUUGGUCUUCCUCAACAUAGACAACAUCCACGUGGUCAGGGAGAGCUUGAAAAAGAUAAAGGACGCCUGUUUCCCCAAAAUCGACCACAAACACUUCUACAAACUAAUCGACGAAUCCAGAUGGCUACACCAUCUCCAGACCAUACUUCAAGGUUCUCGGAUGUGUGUCCAAGAAGUGUUAAUACACAAGAAGUCAGUGCUGGUGCACUGCAGUGAUGGAUGGGACAGGACUGCUCAGGUUACGGCCUUGUCUAUGCUGUUAUUGGACCCGUAUUAUAGGACCAUUGAAGGGUUUGCGGUGUUAAUCGAGAAAGAAUGGUGCAGUUUUGGUCACAAGUUUGCUCAUGUAUGUUUCUUUAAAAGAAUAUACAAAAUGAAUAUAUAAGAGAAGAUGUCCGUUCGAAAUGUCAAACUAUAUCUUGACAUUACUAAACAUUUCUCUGAGAUUUGUAUUCUGUUUUAGCGAGUGGGGCACGGUGAAGACAAGCACAGUGAUGACGAACGUUCCCCGAUAUUCCUUCAGUUUAUCGACUGUGUGUGGCAGUUGUUCAAUCUCUUCACAUCAGCUUUCGAGUUUAAUGUGAAACUUCUGAAGACAGUCCUAGAUGAGUUAUAUGCUUGUAGGUUCGGGACCUUUUUGUACAACAGUGAGAAGGAACGGCGGGACUUAGUAAGUCAAUCGUAAGCUACAUAUUGGUAUAGAUGGCUACAUUAUAUACAUGACAUUAUCGUAUUUAAUUACGUAUUUUCAGGAUGUAAAAUCAACUACCGUAUCCCUAUGGUCGUAUGUCAUGGAACGGAGGUCAGAUUUUGAGAAUCCGGGAUACGAUCCGACCUACACUAUCGACAUUCACUUCUUCGCGUCCACCUCACCCAUUAUAACGAAGCUAUGGACAGAGUAUUACUGUCGGUACAACCCCCAAGUAGUUAUACAAAAUGACGAGGACGUAAGUUUACAGUACUGCUUUGCCCUUAUGAGUUGCUUUUUAACAUUGUUAUACCUGACAAACAAACUAUAUCUCUAACAAUUUCAGUUUACGAACCUUCCAUCGUCCGGUAUUCUGGAAGUAACCUCAGUUUAA